AUGGCUCAGGCAGUCACCCAAACCGACCUGAAGGGCGCCUUGCCCCUGGUGGCCCGCGGCAAAGUGCGCGAUCUGUACGAGAUUGACGAGCAAACGCUGCUCUUCGUUGCGACUGAUCGCAUCUCCGCCUACGACGUGAUCAUGGAGAAUGGCAUCCCAGACAAGGGCAAACUCCUCACGCUCUGCACAAAAACCUGGUUCGGCAUCCUCCAAGGCGCACUCCCAAAUCUCCGCACACAUUUCAUCACGCUGGAUCUCCCCGCGCAAAUCCCCGAGUCCCAGCGCGCUCUUUUACAGGAUCGCAGCAUGCAGGUGCGCAAGUACAAGAUCUUCCCACUCGAGGCGAUUGUGCGUGGAUACAUUACGGGCUCGGCCUGGGCCGAAUACAAACGGUCUGGCACGGUGCACGGCAUCAAGGUUGCGCCCAAUCUGCAGGAGAGCCAGGCCUUUCCCGAUGGACCGAUAUACACGCCGAGUACAAAGGCUGAGCAGGGCGAGCAUGACGAGAACAUUCAUCCUGACCAAGCCGCCAAAAUCGUCGGCAAACACUACGCCGACCGCAUCGCCAAACUCGCCAUAUCCCUCUACGAAGCCGCACACGCAUACGCCUACGAGCGCGGCCUCAUCAUCGCCGACACAAAAUUCGAGUUUGGUCUGGACGAGGCCACCGACGAGAUUGUGCUUGUCGACGAAGUGCUCACCCCGGACUCGUCACGUUUCUGGCUAAAGGAAAAAUACGUUUUGGGCCAGGGCCAGGACAGCUUUGAUAAGCAGUAUCUGCGCGAUUGGCUCACGAGGAGCGGACUCAAGGGGAAACCUGGGGUCAGGAUGGACGACGAAGUGGCGCAGAAGACGGCCGAGAAGUAUAGGGAGGCGUGGCAGAUGAUUACGGGGGGUGUCUAA